AUGGCGUCAACGCUAAACGAUUCAAUGCGCUCUACAUAUAGUGGUCCCUCUUUGGCAACAAUUCAAACGAUUGAGAUGCCGUUAUCGGCAAGUUUUCGUAUCGCUCACCACAGAUCGUUGGAGCCGCGGCAACCGAUGAUCCAAUGUCCGCAGGCCCUAGUGGACGUGCCGAGCUCCCUUGAUGGAGAUGAUGCCGUGGCGAUUGGCAGUCUUUGCAACAACUUU